AUGAAUAAUACGACAUUGUCUUUAAUUACGGAGAUAAUAUUCCUUCUUUAUAUUCUCUUUUCCUUUUUUUUCCUUUUUCUCUUUUUUCUUUCCUUCUUUCUUUCUUUCUUUCUUUUCUUUUUCUUUCUUUCCUUUAUCUUUUCUUUUCUUUUUAAAUUUUUUUUUUUUUUUAAAUAUUAUUUUUUUCAUUCUCAUUCUUUCUUUCUUUCUUUCUUUCUUUCUUUCUUUCCUUUUUCUCAUUCUUUCUUUCUUUCUUUUUUCUUUCUUAACUUUUUUCUCUUUCUUUCCUUUCAUUCUCUCUCUUUACUUUUAAUUUUUUCUUUCUCUCUUUUUUCUUUCCUUUUCUCAUUCUUUUUCUCCUUCUUUCUUUUUUCUUUACAUUUUCUUCUUUCUUUCUUUUUCUCUUUGCUUGUUUCUUUUGCUUUCUUGUCUUUUCCUCUUCUUUUUUGUUUCUUUCUUUUAUCUUUUCUCCUCCUGUCUUUGUCUUUCUCUCUUUUCUUUUUUCCUUCUUUUCUCUUUCUUUUUCUUUUUCUUUCUUUUCUCUUUCUUUUUCUCUUUCUUUCUUUUCUAUUUUUCUUUCUCUCUUUUUUAAUUCAUUUUUGUUUCUUUCGUUUUUCUCUCUCUUUAUUUUGUAUUGCUUUUCUUUCUUUUUUCUUUCUUUCUUUUUCUUUCUUUUCUUUUUCUUUUCUUUCGUAA